CGGAACGGCAACAGCGGGGUAUCUAGUGGCGGCCUUCUUCGUUGCACGCUUUUCCGAGGUACUUUUGCUUGGACGAAGAAGAAGGAGAUACUGCGCAUGCGAGCGUUCUCAAAGCACUAAAAAGGCACGAGUAGAACCAGAAGAGAUAUUUCGAGACGUGCUGCCUCAUUCCGGUAUUCAAUCCCAGUUGAAACCAUCGCAGCUCAAGCAAUGGCCACGUAUGUGACCGUCAUCCUAACGCUGGCGGUUCUCUUCGUGAAUGUGAACGCUAAGUGCGAUGAGAAGACUGUUCCCAAUCUUAUGGGGGGCAAGAUCCCAGAGGGAAAGGCCGGUGAUAAGCCCCAGGAGCUCCAAUGCAACAAUGGCUUCAUGUUGGAAGGGGCACAUGAAAAAGUUAUCCGAUGUGGCCAUGAUGACAAGUGGGACAUUCCUACUGAUAAAAUCAAGUGCAAGGGCUGUUUGACCACUGCUACGGCGGCUGACACGUGGAAAGAAGGAGACUUGCCGUACAGUGUGGCACUCGAUCCACCACCAUCCACAACCGAGGUAGAGAGCGGAGAACAUCCGAUCAAGUGCGCUCAAGGGACACAGAGGACUCCUAAGCUCAAAUGCGGAACCGAUGCGAAAUGGCAGACUCCCACUGGAGAUCCAGUCCCAGCUCACUACUGCCUCGCAAAAUGCCAGGAUAUUCCUAGUGUUCUUGGUGUUCAGGCUCCCGGCACCAUUACAGCUCCUUCAGGGGCAGCAGCUGCGGUCGUGAAUUGCGAAAGUAACAAGGUGGUGCGUGGGCUUCCCACAGGCGUCAUAGAACUUAAAUGCGUCCAAGUUGGUGCGGAAAGCUACUGGGAUCAAGACACCACUAAAAUUAGUUGCCAAGAUAAAUGUACAGCAACGGCACCAAGUGGACUCCCAGGAGUGGACUCCAAGGCAUUCGAAAACAAGGCAUUAGACGACGUGGUUGAUAAGUUCUGCGCUGCGGACAAAUUGCCAGUGGGCACAUACAAGUGCGAACCAUCUGGAUGGGUAGGAAAGGGAAUCACUGUGUCAGACCAACCCAAAUGUUUAGAUAAAUGCCAACUCCCAGACACAACGGCCAUCACCCACAUCCGUAACAACGACAAGCAGUACGAGAACCAGCCAGAAGGAACCGUAGCUAAUAUAAUCUGCGAGGACAAGUAUAGGGCAAAUGGACAAAUAAAGUGCACUUCUACGGCAUGGGCACCUGAUGGAGCCGAUGCAGGGUGCAAAGGUUGUGCCAUACCGACGUUUAAAGCUGGAGUCACGUCGGAUCCUGCGCUAACCUCCGAAGGCAAAAUUGAUGACGAGGUAAACGUUAAAUGUGACUCCGGCACUAUAAACAUCAAUAAGAUCAGGUGCGUCACCGGUCCUGAGCCAAAAUGGAAAGCAUUCGACAGCUCGGGUGCCAUGAAAGAAGUCGGGGAUCUUGUAUGUGCUGCAGGCCAAGCAGGCUGCGCCGCACUUCCAAGUGGGACAGUCCUUGAUCCAUCAGGAACACCAGCAACGAAUACCCCUGAUGGCACGAAGCAGAAAAUAAAGUGCUCCGAGGCGGACAAGACGCCGGCGUACGGUGAGAUCACGUGCACCGCCGGAGUUUGGAAAGGGGACGGCCAGGCAGGCCUAGUGGACGUCCAUGAUCCAGUAUGCAUCGAAGUGUGCAAAACGUUGCCGGAAGGAACAGAUGCUGAUGGUAAUGCAUUUAAUGGCCUACCCGUAGGGAAAGAGCAGGCAAUUAAAUGCAAGGAUAGCAACAAGCAAACUGCCUACAAUAAAAUCAAAUGUACCACUGGAGGCAUCUGGAAAGCGCCUGACGACAAGGAUCUCCCCAAUCAAAUAUGCAGCGCACCUGUCCCAGCACCACCUGUCCCAGCACCACCUGUCCCAGCACCACCUGUCCCACCACCACCUGUCCCACCACCACCUGUCCCACCACCACCUGUCCCACCACCACCUGUCCCACCACCACCUGUCCCACCACCACCUGUCCCAGCACCACCUGUCCCACCAGCACCGGGCCCACCAGCAAGCACUUGCGCCACCCUUCCAACGGGCACGAUACUGGACCCCGCGAAACCUGGACAGACAGGGACGAUGAUCCCUGUGAAUGAGGAAAGGAAAAUAAAGUGCAGCGACAACAAGAAGAAACCGAAGUACGAGGUGGUCAAGUGCACAAGUGCAGGAUGGAAAGGGAUUGCCGGUGGGGGCAUGGCGGAUCUCAGUGGAUCCAUAUGCGUCGACGUGUGCAAAAAGUUGCCGGAUACGACACAGGCCAACGACGAACUCGAGGGGAAGCAGCUGGAAAUUACAUGCACGAAUGGCAAGCAGCCUGCCUACACGAAAGUCAUAUGUACCACUGGAGGCACCUGGAAAGGGAUUGGCAAAACGGGGGCACAGGAGACUCUCUCCUCUCCAAUAUGCAGUGGUGACGCAGGACAAGAUCCUGGAGGCAGAGGCUGCCCGGAACCAGCACCAAUUGAGAACGGCCAGGUGGAGACAAAUACCACCAUCGCACGAUACACCUGCAGUUCGGACUACGACCUGGUUGGCGUCGCCGAAAGGCGAUGCCUAGAGGACGGGACCUGGAGCGACGACGAUCCUCGCUGUGUGGCGAAGAAGAAAGAUAGCGGCACUCCGGGACGAUCUCUGCACGGCGGCUGGGUUGCACUCGUCGCGGUCGUCCUGGUCAUUCACCGCGGCGUACCAUACGCUCACUGAAAUAAUAUCUCUAUACUAUACUAUAUCGUAUCUUAUAGUCUAUCUUAUACGGUAUCCCAACCGGUCGUGUAACAUCACGACUGCAAACGUUCCCAAUGAGAACCCAUCCACCCGGCAAUGGAAGCACGACGCUUCCGUGUGGGGUUCGCGGUGGUUUCCAUCGUGUUCCCCCAAAUCGAUUGCUAGUGAAAUAGGUUGAAAAGAACGCAUCACACGCAUCUGAUCACUACAGCCAGUAUCACGUACAGGGGUUCUCACCACCGACACUGUGCCGCUUUCCUAUGCUUUCCUAUGCUUUAUUUGCCGUUCAGCCUUUCCCUUGGACAGGUAUUCCAUCCUUGUGCUCAAUGAGAAGAUGGGGGACGGAUCUGCAAGAGAAGACACUGCCUGAAGGCAAAAUGAUAGAAAAUAAACUUGUCUUUAACCUUUA